AUGGCUUCUGCCCUGCGCACGGAAGAGCGAUGGCUGGAGAGCGGGCAGCCAGAUCCAGUCUUCUUGGGAAUGGUGGAGGAUUUCAAGGCCUUCGAUGAGGUCCUGCAAACGUGGAGCGAGAAGCUGGAGAUCUUUGUGCGCGGCGUUCAAGAGCUGUCGCUAGGUGUGCAGAGCCUCUCUGAGGGCUUAGCAGAAGAGCUGAAACGACAGGACCGGGCCUUCCUCUCUGAAGGCUGUCGCUUUCGCGAGGCGGCUCAAGAGAUUUCCCGGCGAGAUGCGCCACACAGCGUCAUUGCACGGUUCGAGCGGAACGUGGAGUUCAACAUGUCCAAUCCGCUCAAGGACCACUUGGACAAUCAUGCCAAGCUGCGGAAAGAUCUUGAGAAGCGUGAGCUGUGCUUGACUGCAGUUCAGGAUGCGCUCAAACAAGUUGAGCUUUGCGAGGAGUUGACAGAAGCAGAUCUUCGCAAGAGGUUGGCCAAAGAUGAGUUCAGAGCAUCAAAGGCCACCUUCAACAAGGUCAACCGCAGCAUUUUCCAUUGGUUGUAUGUCUUGGAGGAGCAUCGAGGAGACAUUAUUGACUCCUGUUUGCAGACGGUGAAGUAUUUGCAAUACGAUUUCUUCUCCUUUGCCGCGCAUGCUGUGUCCCACGUGCUGCCUCAGCAGAUGUCCUUUCGACCCAUGACAGAGAUGCUUCCUGAUUCCUUACAAGCACAAGUGCAACAGGAGCUGAAUUUGUCUGAGACUAUCGAGGCGCAAGAUGUACGAGAGAUCUUCGUGCAAAGGCUCUUGCAGCGCCUGGUGCGGGAGAACAAAGAUCGACCAGGUGCGCCUGCCACAAGCACACCAGCGAUACAGGUGGACCCGUUGUCUUUGAGUUCCUUGCUGUCCCACGGCUUCGAUGAGGGCCCUGCACGGAGGGCACUCAGGAAGACCAACAACGACACCCAGGCAGCCAUGGAAUGGCUUUUGGCGGGCGAGCCUGCUUGCCGGGCGAGGAGCUUGCGGCCCACACCGGAGGAGCUGCCAGUGGGCCUUUUCUUCCGCCGGCCACCGGAAAUGCCAGCACUGGAGCGCCAUGCCUUGGACCUUUGCAAACGUCAAGCUGGACGUGUCUUGGACCUUGGCGCCGGGGCUGGAAGCCACGUUCUGGCCUUGACCUCUCAAGGUGUAGAAGCUGAAGGCCUCGAUCUUUGCCCCGAAGCGGUGGAGGUGAUGCGUUUGCGCGGCGUUUCUGCCAAGCGAGGCAGCUUUUGGAAGCUUGAGAAGCAGCCACAGUACGACACCUUGCUCAUGCUGAUGAACACUGCAGGUGCUGCCGGCAGCAUGGUGCGCUUCAAGGAGCUCCUCGAGGGGCUGCACCAGGCUAUGGCGCCUGACGGCCAGGUGCUGUUGGAUGUGUCACCCCCCGAUUGGGCGGCGGUACGGCGGGCGCGGCGAGUCAGCAGGCUUCAAGCAGAAGAUGUGCAGAAUGGGCUUUGGGCGCGACUGGAUUGUUGGUUGAGCUUUGGAACCCUUCAAGGAGAGACCUUCUCCAUGAUCUAUCCAGAGUGGAAGGCCGCAGUCAAAGUCGCUGAGAUGGCAGGCUACGAGGCCUCGUUGGUCUACGAAGAGCCCCGAAGUCGCCACGCGUUGCUGAAACUGAGGUUAGAGCCCGGCCAGUGGCAUACGAUACUGCUGAUGGCCAGCUCGCCAAAGGCCCGGCGGGUCGACCGUUGCAACAUCAGCGGAAAUGGCAUGAGCGAUGCGUUUGAAUCAGCUUAA